AUGGUGUUAAAAUUGCAGCCACGCAGCUGCAAGCCAAGAAGCCAAGCCCAGUACAAUUUCAUGGGAACAGUCUUAGACUCCCAUUUCUUAGCUCUCACGGCCAUUGUCACUGUGGGGUAUCAGUUGUUCUUCUUCAUAAUCACUGCUCUUCUCAAGUUCGACAAAAUCACUGACUUCGCCGGAAGUACCAAUUUUGUUAUACUUGCUAUACUGACUUUGGUUGUCAAGGGCUCAUGGCAUUUUAGACAGGUAGUGUUGAGUUUACUUGUGGUAAUAUGGGGUCUUCGCCUGGGACUGUUUCUAUUGAUGAGGAUUUUGCAAUGGGGAGAGGACCGGCGUUUUGAUGAAAUGCGUAAUAAUAUAGGAAAAUUGGCAAUUUUCUGGAUAUUUCAGGCUGUCUGGGUAUGGACUGUGAGUUUGCCUGUAACAGUUGUUAAUGCAAGCAACAGAACACCAUCGCUCCAAGCUGAGGACAUAAUUGGAUGGAUCAUAUGGUUUGUGGGUUUUGCAGUUGAAGCUACAGCUGAUCAGCAAAAACUGACGUUCAAAAGUUCUCCACAAAAUAGAGGAAAGUGGUGCAAUGCCGGACUAUGGAAAUACACUCGACAUCCAAACUAUUUUGGCGAGAUAUUCCUUUGGUGGGGAGUAUUUGUGGCUUCCACACCUGUAUUAAAAGGUGCAGAGUGGCUGGUGAUUCUUGGACCAAUCUUUCUCACAUUGUUGCUUCUUUUCAUCAGCGGCAUACCGAUGCUUGAGGAGUCUGCAGAUAAGAAGUUUGGAAAUGUGGGCGAAUAUAGGCUGUACAAAAGAACAACUAGCCCUCUCAUUCCGCUACCCCCGGUUAUAUACAAGAACUUGCCCUUGUGGUUCAAAGCAACUUUUCUCUUCGAAUUUCCUCUCUACAGUCGUAAUCUUCCUCGAGCAGAGCCAAACUGGUGUAGAACAAGCCGGGUAGAAGGAAGCGAUGGAUUGAAGAUUGGCUAG